AUGGGUAGCUGUGUAUCGAAGUCCAAAGUUAAAAAUCCAAAAGUUCAAGAAACUGAUUUAUCACAAAUACCAUCUCAUCCUGCAUUGCCAAAAAUUGCUAACUCCCUGUAAGCGAGCAAAACCAUAAAAAAAUCAUCUCUAUUUUUGGAUAAAAGCUUCCCUUCUGAGCGAACAAAAAUUUUUUAUCAAAAAAUAGUUGAUCUAUAAGUUGCCCCUAGUAAGGAACCCCCCCUCAUUUGUCCAAUUUUCUAGUCUUUUAUCAUUUGUCCAUUUUUUCUAGUUUGUUUUAUAGGGAAAAAAAAUUUUUUUAGAACCUCAUUUGUCCAAUUUUCUAGUCAAAAUUUUGAUAGAGAAAAAAAAUUUUCAGGAACUCAAUUGUCUCAUUUUCUAGUUUUUUUUAAAGUAAAAAACUAGAAUUUAGGGCAUUCGAAAAAUUGCAAAAAAGAUUAGAAAAUUGGACAAAUCAUUUUUGACUAGAUUUUGGGACAAAUGAGGUCCUGAAAAACAAAAUUUUCUUCUCAAAAAAAGACUAGAAAAUUCGACAAAUGAGGGGGGGGUCCUUAUAAUGAAAUCUCUUUUUAAUUCUGUUAAAUUUUAAACGGCUUGCAUUAUAAAACACAAAUUUAUAAGUCUUUAAUUAUUUCGAAUUGGAUUAUUUUAAAAUUUUUAAAAAAAAAUUAACUCGUCUCUAUGAGCGAACAAAAUUUUAGUGUUCGCUGAGGAAGGGGAGUAAAGAAGAAACUAAAGAUGAAACCCAGCUGGGUCGUAAAAACAUCAAAAAGAAGGCACCCGUUGCAGAUAUACUCACUUUUAUUUAUUUAGAUAUAUCAUUUUUAUUAUAAAAAUCAUCAUAAUCAAUAUAAUAAGACUUAAUAGAAGACGAAUUGGGCCAGAAGAUGUUGACGCUGCCACAGCAGUAAUCACAGAAAAGCCUAAAACAGACCGCGAAAAAGAAGAAAUCAGAGAAGCUCUAUUAACACACUCACUAUUCAACAGUUUGCCACGGCAAAAUGUUGAAUUGGUAAUUGAACAAAUGAAAUUUUAUGAGAUGGGCCCCAGGGAAUUUGUAUUUGAGCAAGGCCAGCCGGGCAACAAUUUUUUUAUUAUUUCUGCUGGAAGAGUUGAAAUUAUCGUUAAUGGACAAUCAAAAGGCUUUCUUGGUAAAGGUAAAUGUUUUGGAGAGCUCGCUCUCUUACAUGAUUCAGUUAGAACUGCUACAAUUAAAACUAUAGAAAGAGCAAGACUGUGGGGAAUUGGCAGGCAAGCUUUCAGAUCAGCGGUAGAAUCUUAUCGUUAUAUUAUCUAUAACGUUUAACGUCCACUACGGAGUAGCCGUUUCCAGAGCUGCCACCAUAUUUGUCCACGUGUCGGGCUCAUGGAUCUCUGGAUCGAUCCACUUUGUUUCUCCAGAGUACAGGAAAAUACAGCAUUCUAGCUUCGACGGGCUGCGUUACCUUGCCUUCUUUGACUCAGCUCCUGCGCGUGUUCCGCCUAAGGGUCACCUUCCUCGGGUGUGCUGAGAGGUAAACUUCGAGCCUCUUGAUGUACUUAGAGAGUUAAACAACUAUCGCUGUACAGAAGUUCUCAGAAGAAAGCCUAACCCCAUAAAUAAAAUUGCUUGAGGGAGAGAAAAUUAGCGAAGCUAAUUUCAUUCGAACCGAAUGCCAUUUUAUUUAUAUCAGCGGUCGAAUCAGUAAACGCAAGAAAAUAUGAAGAAAAUAAGCAAUUUUUAGAAAGCAUCCCAAUCCUGAAUUUGCUCACUGAGGACCAAAAAGAAUCAUUGCUUGCUGUAAUGGUGCCUAUGGAAUAUUCCCCAGGCCAAAAAAUCGUUACAGAAGGAGAUCCAGGAGAUUUGAUGUAUAUAAUCAAACUCGGCACUGUAAGCUGUACAUUUAAAGGAAACGAAAUUAGACAGCUGGGAAGAGGCGAAUUCUUUGGAGAGCAGGCAUUGCUUUAUGAUACUGUGAGGACCGCAACAGUAACCGCAAUAACCAAGGUAAAAGUUCUUUCGAUUGGCAGAGAAAGUUUACAAAAAGUGUUAGGUGGAGAAUUGCAACAACUUUUAUAUAGGAAUUCUCAAAGGAUUGCUCUUAACCAAAGCCGAUACUUGACUUGUCUCACCAACGGUCAGGUUGAAGUUGUUAUUGGAAAAAUGCAUAUAGCUUCUUAUCAAGACUCACAAGUUGUUAUACACAGAGGAAACCCCAAAAAAGAAAAAAUUUGGGUUGUUCUUCAAGGAAAGUUAACAACUAAGGGUGGCACAAAAGCAAUUGAGGUAUUUGGAUGUGUCGGAGAUGGCGACAGUGAAAUCACAAAUAAUUUAGUUUAUGAGUCAGAGUAUGUUACUCAAGGAGAAACUACGAUAGCAGAAAUCACGUGGGAAGAGCUCGAAGCAAGCAUUGGAGGGCCACUUUCAUCGAUUUCAAAUCAUAAUGAAGUUGUAGGGAUUUUAAGAAGAGUGCAGCUAUUAAGAGCUUUGCCUUCUCAGAAAUUAGAAGCUAUAGCUGCUGUUUUAAGAGUAAAAGAGUAUCACGAUCAAGAUGCAAUUUUCAGACAAGAUGAUGUAGGAGAUUCUUUUUAUAUAGUAAAAGAAGGCCAAGUUGAUAUAUUUAAAGAUGGGACGCUAAUAAGAACAAUUAUCAAGCAUGACUUUUUCGGGGAGAGAUCUAUUAUUCACAACGAAAACCGAACAGCCACAGUUAUCGCAAAAGGAAGCGCAUCAUGCUGGGUGCUUGAUAGACAAGCCUUUAUCAGCCUGAUCGAUGAAGGAAUCCGUAACCAAUUAAUGAAGAGGAUUGAACUGCAAAACGACUCUGUCGUAUUAGAUGAUCUCUGCAUUGUAAAAGGACUUGGCAAAGGAAUGUUCGGUACGGUUUAUUUAUCGGUCAAUAAAAAAACAAAAACUCCAUAUGCUCUGAAAACAGUUCCUAGAACCAAAAUACAGGCUUAUGAAAUCUACGAUAACCUGAUUCUCGAAAGAAAGAUUCUGCUACAAAUUGACCAUCCUUUAAUCAUGAAGCUAGUAAAGACCCUAAAAGAUGCUGAUAGGAUCUACUUUUUAAUUGAAUUUGUAAGGGGGAAAGAUUUAUUCGACGUUCUCCGAAUUUUAAAUAUCCUGAAUAACGAGUAUUCCAGGUUUUAUGCUGGAUGCAUUAUGCUGAUGCUUGAGCACCUUCAUGAAAGAAAAAUCAUUUACCGAGAUCUCAAGCCAGAAAAUAUCAUGAUUGAUGAAGACGGAUACCCAAAAAUGAUAGACUUUGGGACAGCGAAAUUUGUGAGUAACAGAACUUAUACAGUUGUAGGGACACCUCAUUAUAUGGCCCCAGAAGUCAUUCUUGGGAAAGGAUAUGGGCUAGCUGCUGAUUAUUGAACCGUAGGAAUUAUGAUUUACGAAUUUUUGUGUGGAGGAGUCCCGUUUGGAGAAGAAGAGGAAGAUCCAUAUAGGAUUUAUGAGAAAGUUCUAGAAAGACGCUUAUCCUACCCAAAUUUUGUGGGUCAAAAUUUAAAGGCUGCACCGAUGAUUGAGCUUCUUUUGAACAAAAAUCCAGCUAUGAGAGGCACAUAUGAUACAAUUAAAGCACACAAAUGGUUUGAAGGGCUGGAUUGGGAUGCUUUAUUAGGAAAGCAGAUUCCAGCUCCUCAUGUUCCAAAGCUUGAAAGUUUGGAUACUGAAAUUGCAAGAGAACUAAGAAAUCCAAGAGAUAUUUUUGCUUUUAUGAAGCGCGAAGAUGGAAAAGAAGUUGUUGAUACCCGCAAGUUACGAUCAAGAACUCCACCGCCUCACUGGGAUGAUGAAUUUUAA